UUUUAAUUUUGCAACAACCAGAACAUAAUAAGUAAUCUCCCGGAAGUAAUAAAAGGUGCAGGUCAUAGUGGAGUGGUCCACCAUCCGGUGUGCUUCGUCGACAACUUCUGAGUGACAGCAGGGCAGCAUUAGCAUAGGCGAACAGUAUUAUUGGCAUCGACAUCAGCAAAUAUCAUCGGCAUCGAUCAGCAUCAGCAAUAACAUCGUCGGCAUCCGUGUUAGCAAAAUUAUUAUCAGUGUCACCAUCAUUAUCGGCCCUAUUGUAUUCGCCUUGUUAUAUGUACCACGACAUGGACCAUCAUGAAAUCCGUCAGCAGUGCGAGAGUAUGCAGGAGGACGAGUUAACUGUACUGGAGUCUAUAUAUCCUGGUCAGAUCAAAAUACAUCCCAAUCCGAACAACAGGCCAGGGCGUAUUUUGACCCUUACAUUGCCUGUCAAAUUAUCUUCACCGACUAAGGUCUCCAUUUCAACAGCAAGUAACAAUGGGGAAUCGUCAAUACCGUCCUUGACUUUAUCUCAUCUCCCAGCAUUAUCUCUCUGUGUCGCCCUUCCGGAAACUUACCCCUUGCUUGUGCCCCCGGCUCCAAUAUCACUCCGCGCCCCUCUUUUCAAAGGACAUGAUGACAAAUUAGGAAGCUGGUUAUUUCAAAACGACUUGAGGGAAAUUGAAAGCAGGCUUCGACGCAUGUGGGACGACGACAAAGAGGCUUGGGAUCAAGGACAAGGUGUAUUAUGGAGGUGGUGGGACUGGGUUGUUAAUGGAGACUUCCUUCGAGAAACUCAGAGGCUCAUACACGAUUCUCUUACAUUGACAGUCCCUCCUCCACUCUCGCCCGCGACAUUCUUCACGGCUUUAAAGUCGUACGAUUCAUAUCAGAUUCAAAAUGAAUUUGAACAAACGGCAUUUCCUUGUUCGAUUUGCUGGGAGAAUCGUAAAGGGGGUCGUUGUGUGGAAAUGCCAGGAUGUGGUUGUGUAUUUUGCACCGAGUGCCUCGGUGAAUGUUGGACGUUAGCUAUAUCUGAAGGUACCCUCGAAGCAGUUGCCUGCCCCAGUGUAGCGUGUGUCAAGCAAAGGGCGACGAACGAAAAAGCAAGCCGGUUGGACCAAGGCGUGACAGCCCCGCUUGUCGAAAAAGUAGUUGGUAAGGAAUUGCGGGAGAGAUGGGAAGUUUUCAAGGACAGACGGAUAGUCGAGAUCGAUCCUUCAUUCUGCAUUUGCCCUCAGCCAAAGUGCCAAGCGGCUGUUCCUCCCCCCACACCGUCCGGGACAUGUGGUAACUCAUCAGCGCCCAAGGCUAUUCGCCUUGCCGACCUCACUAAACCCUCUUCCGGGUCUCUACACGUCCCUGCAGAUGUUCCAAGAGGGUCCGGGCAGUCCGUACCUUUGACCGAAGACAGAUGGGCCGCCUAUCGCCUGUGUCCCAAAUGCAAUUUUUCAUUUUGCCUCUACUGCUCAUCGACAUGGCAUGGACCCCAUACGGUAUGCUCCCUUCCUCAGGCUUCACAACUCGUUCUGGAGUACUUGAAGUAUCCAGAAGGAAGCGAAGGGAGAUUGGCAAUGGAAAGGCAGAGAGGGAAAGCGAACUUGGAAAGAAUGGUGUCCAAGUGGAGAGAGGACGAAAUGAACACGCAAUGGUUGCAUUCAAGAACUAAAGCUUGCCCCAGCUGCAGUGUGCGCGUGGAGAAAAGUGUCGGUUGUAACCACAUGCAGUGCGGACGAUGCUCUGCCCAUUUUUGCUACCUAUGCGGCCAAUCAAUCAAACCCACUGAUCCAUACAAGCAUUUCAAUACGCCAGGUCAACCAUGUUACGGAAAGCUGUUCGAGGCGAUGGAUUUUGAAGACGUGCUUGAUCCUGUCCUCAACCUAGAGCAAUUCACUGAAGAUGACCUGCUCGAUUGGGACUUCGGGGCGGCAAGGAUUUAGAAAGGCGGACUGAGAUAAUAUCAUCUACUACUUUGUACUAUCUACACCAUAGACCAAUUACUUGCAUUCUCAGUAACAAUUAUCAGGUACUUGGUGUCUUAUUCUUGAUAUCUUGCCCGUUGUUGCAGCGACCACCAGCUACGUAGAGAUUCAUGAGGGAGUUUAGAAACAUUAAGUGUUGGCAAGAUGAAACAGGUCUCAUAGUAGACGACGAGUAGUCAACAGUACGUAGCAAAUUGGUUUGAUUACUCUCAGAAUCAGACGCCCCGAGCGGAAAGUGCCCAUUGGUGGUCAGAAAACUGGGAGGUUACAUAACGCUCAACAAUAGCUCAACUCUGCCCAUUAUUCACAUUCACAUCGGAAUACGCAAAUUGGUGGCACACUGUUGGUUGCUCCUUCUUGACAUGCUUGAAACUGGUUUCGCAGCCCGAUGACUGGCGAGGAAAGGUAUAAAGAUUUUGUGCAAUCUAUGAAAAUCUAUCAUUGGU